AUGAUCAAGUCCGUCAUCGUUCUCAAUAAUCAUGGUCAGCCACGCCUCACCAAAUUCUACGACUACCUUCCGGAGGACCGUCAGCAGCAGCUGGUCCGCGACGUCUUCGCCAUAGUCUCACGUCGCAACGAGGCUUUGUGCAACUUCGUUCAAGGCGGCACCAUCUUCGGCCCGGACGUGCGCGUCAUCUACCGCCACUACGCCACCCUCUCGUUCGUCUUCUGCGUCGAUCAGUCCGAAAGUGAGCUCGGCAUCCUCGAUCUCAUCCAAGUCUUCGUCGAAACUCUCGAUCGCUGCUUUGAGAAUGUCUGCGAGCUCGACCUCAUCUUUCACAUGGACAAGAUUAACUACGUCCUUGAUGAGAUCAUCGUCGGCGGCCUCGUCCUCGAGACCAGUAUGGCCGAUAUUCUCAGCGCUCUUCAGUCGGCUAAGAGGGAAUCCCUCGCCACUACGGCCAUCUCAUCCGCCUCCGUUACUCGGUCUUUCAGUCUCUCACGCGCCUACAGAUAG